CCUCACCCCCCACAUCAUCCAUCCAUGCACUUCAGGUCCCCCUGCUCCUCCUGAGCCCUCCUCACUGGGCGUUCUUCAGAUAUAAACACAAGUGUUUAGUUCAAGGCCACGGUUUGGCUGGAAUGCACAUCACUUCUCCUCCUCCUCCCAGCUCUCUCCCUCUCUCUCUCUCGUUAUUGUCUCUUUAACUCUCAGAUCCCGCGCGGACGGACGGAGCGCGUCGUUGCCAUGACAUCCGCCUGCCGGAGCCGGCACACCGGUUAAAUAGAUGGCCCCUCUCCCGGAUUCCAGUGUGUGAUGCGGACAGGCAGCAUGCCGGAGGGCGCCGGUGUCUCUGAUUGGCGGUACCCGUCCCGGGAGGAGACUCUCCCCGUCAGCUGUUAGAGGACAUUCACCUGGAAGUCCAUGGAGCCGCGCGCGCUCGCGCCGAUUGCCUCACCUCGCUGCGUCGUAAGCUCAUUUGGACGUGAAAAGCCUGCGUUCCUGGAUUAAAAAAGGGGGUUGCUUGCUGAGUGAAUGAAAAUGUCCCGCGGCUCCAUCGGGCACUCCCGGCUAUUGUUGGCGCGGCGGCGGACGCUCGGCGCGCGGAUCGCCCCGGUUCAUCCCCACUAGCUGCUCGGCUGUGUCCUCGCUGCAUCCCACCUUCCGAGCAAUGACUUCCUGGCUCCGCUCAUGCGCCAGCGUCCCUCUGUGUGUCCUCCUCGCCUGUACGGUGUGGUGCGCAGAAGCUUCCAGCGCCGGUGCCAGUGUGUGUUGGUCACCCGGUGUCACCUCCUGCUCAGAUUGCCUCCGACGGGGACCACAAUGUGCCUGGUGUUUCAAGGAGGACUUUCUAAACAAGGUGGGGCCAAGCCAUCGCUGUGAUCUGCCAGAAAACCUGCUGAGGAGAGGCUGUGGACCGGAUUUCAUGGAGCUGUCAGAGAUCAAGGUGGAGGUCGACGGGCUCACCAGGUCACAAGUGUCUCCGUCGCACAUCAACAUCACUCUCAGACCAGGAUCAGAAGUCAGUUUCAUUGUAGCUGUGACACAGCUGGAGCGAUAUCCUGUGGACUUGUACUACCUGGUGGACGUGUCCGCGUCCAUGCAGGAAAACCUUGAUAAUCUGAAGACGGUGGGAGUGGCCUUAUCUCUUCGUAUGAUGCAGCACACCUCAGACCUUUGGCUAGGUUUUGGCUCAUUUGUGGAUAAACCUGUGUCACCUUAUAUUAACGUACACCCCUCUAAGAUCAACAACCCCUGCAGCGAUUACGAGAUCCGCUGUCGCCCGGCCCACGGCUUCCAUCACGUUCUCAGCAUGACAGGGAACCUGAGCGAGUUCACGCGUACGAUCAAGCGCCAGCGCAUCUCCGGCAACAUGGACACACCUGAAGGAGGGCUGGACGCCAUGCUGCAAGCUGCUGUCUGCCAGGAUGCGAUCGGUUGGCGAUCUGAAGCCAAACGUCUGCUGCUCCUGAUGACCGACCAGCCCUCUCACCUCGCCCUGGACAGCCGGCUGGCAGGGAUUGUCGUGCCGCAUGAUGGUCUUUGUCACUUGGAAAACAAUGUUUACACAGGAAGCACAAAGAUGGAUCAUCCCAGUUUGGGACAAUUGUCUGAAAAGCUGCUUGAAAACCGUAUCUACUCUGUCUUCGCUGUGGAGAAGCAGCGGUACCAGUGGUAUGAGGAGCUGGUGCGCCUACUUCCUGGUUCCUACUUGGGAAAGUUAAGCGUCUUUCAAGCUCCAAACCUGAUCGAUCUGGUGGUGGAUGCAUAUAAGAGGCUGCUGUCAGAGGUGCUGGUGUCUGUGUCGGUGGAGGACGAGGCAGUCAGCAGAUACUGGGUCUCUGUGUCUCCUCUCUGUCCCGAUGGAUCCACGGCCAAAGGCCGGAGCUGCACAGGAGUGCAGCCAAACCAGACGGUCUACUUUAACAUCACCAUCGGUCAACACUCCUGUGCCGAUGACGGCAGAGACGAGGAUGUGAGGGUGAUCGUUCGCCCCGUGGGUUACAACGAGUCAACGGUAGUUAGGAUCCACUCCAAAUGUCACUGCAGUUGUGGAGCGACGGGGCAUUGCCACGAAGACGAACAGUUACCCUGCCAGGGGAUUCAGGAUGGUGCGACUCUGCAGCAGGACUUAAACGCAGAUCCAAGCAGGAGCUGCAGAGCGACCGGUGCAGAUGUGGACUGCAGUGGGCGGGGAACGUGUGUGUGUGGGAGGUGCGUGUGUGACCAAGCAAGACUUGGGACUGUACAAGGGAAAUAUUGUGAAAUAGACGACUUCUCCUGUCCGUACAAAGGGGAACUCAUUUGUGCAGGUCGAGGUGUGUGUGUGUUGGGACAGUGUGUGUGCGAGGAUGGGUGGACCGGGGAGGACUGUGGCUGUCCCCUCUCCACAACUACCUGCUAUUCAAACGGUUUGCUCUGCAACGGGCAGGGCAAGUGUGUAUGUGGGAAGUGUGUGUGUGACGAACACCAGCGACAUGGAGACUUCUGUGAGAAAUGUCCUACCUGUCCGAGCACAUGGCAGUCUUACUGUGAAAGUGGGACUUGCUUACAGGCUUUUGGACUUUCACAAAGAGAAGUGUCAAUGGUCAGCUCCACGGAUAAUGCAUCAGAGUCCGGCAGCGGUCAUCUGGUCAGAACGUUCCUCAGCGUCUGCGCCCUGACGGUGCUGUGCGGCCUGAUGGUGGUGGCCGUGUCGCGCCUGCUGCUGCUGAAAAGGGGACGGUCCCAGGGGGGCUCCGAGGACGGGGGCUAUCGUUGCACUGGAAAGGAUCUGUCAUACAUUCCAACGACCAAUGAGAAAACGGUGACCUACAGGAGGGACCGCCCACCUGAGCAUCCUUUAGAGAUGCACAUUCAGGUUCCUAAAAUGGCCUUCGGCGACCCAUGGCAGUGUUGAAGCCAGCAGAGACGCACCAGAGGAGAGCUGAAACUUGCUUAUGAGUUCCUGGCACAUCAGCAAAAACAUUAAAAAAAAAACGUGCACACGGAGAUUGUGAUUAAAAAAAAAACAACAAAACUUCAGAACUUCAACUGAAUUGUGAAAAAAAGUGUGACAAACUUUGUGAAAACUCUGGCCGGUAUUGUGGAAACUGAGAAUGAGGAAAGAGCACAAAUCCUGCACCUCUUUCUCCUGUGUAGCAGCAGGCGGGCUACAAUGUCUACAGGGUAAAGGACGGUUGUUCUUCUUCUUUUUUUAGCCAUUUUUAGCAGCAAUUACUGCACUUUAAAGCAGUCAAUUGUAUGUUUGUGUGUGUGUGAGAGAGAAUGUGUUUGCAUGAAAAGCAAUCGAAGCUUUUUUAUUUAUUUGUAAGUGAACACACUACAAUGAAUGAGAUCAUGUUAGUCAGAGGAACUCCAACUGCAUCAUCUCUCUGUCUUAGUCUGCCCCCUUGUGGUCAAGAAUGGCAUUUUUUCUUGAAUAUUACACAAAAACGACCUCAACACAUUUUCAGAUUCCAUAUACCUUCAAUACUGUCAUCUAAAGCAUUCUUUUUUAAUACUUUUAAUUGCUUUGUGAUGAAUUUACAUUACUUUUUUUUACUGUAAUGACAAUAAUAUGAAGACUUGCACUUAUUAAUGCAUCAUACUGCUGAAAGUGGGGGCUUGUAUGACAGCAGAGGGCUGUGGCGGUGUGUUUUAUACGAUCGGUGUAGCUAGAUUCAUUUGAACACUGGAAUAACAAAGACUGGGAUUUAUGUUUCAAAAUAUGCAUUCAAUCAAAUUGAGAACCAAACUCCAAAUAUUGUGAUGUUUGCAGAUUCAGAUUGCAUCUAGUUUUUUUUUAAAGAAACAUUUUGCAUGGCGUGUAUGAAUUUUUUAGCGCUUCUCUUUUUUUGAUUCUUUGUGUUAAUCAGUGCUGUUUUUUGGCACUUGCUGCUCUACUUUACUGUAAACACUAAUGAUUAUUUAUUUUUGAUUAUUUUGUGAGUUUGAACAUUGAUAGAAUUUUUUAAAAAUCUAAUUUAUAAGACAGCUAAUGUAGUUGGAAACAUGAAGAACUGCAAGAAUUACUCAGCAAUAAGGUAGCUUUUGAUCAUCUCAUCUAACUUGGUACUGAAUUUGGAUUUUUUAAAAGCACUUUUUAAGAUAAUUUUGCUGUAAUUUAAUGUGACUCUUCUUAAUAUCUGGUUUCAUUUCAAUAAAAUGUAUGUUUUUUUUAA